ACCUUAACAGACAGACACAGUCAACUACCGGACUGAAGCCAGCCUGAACAGACCAGACCUUAACAGACAGACACAGUCAACUACCGGACUGAAGCCAGCCUGAACAGACCAGACCUUAACAGACAGACACAGUCAACCACCGGACUGAAGCCAGCCUGAACAGACCAGACCUUAACAGACAGACACAGUCAACUACCGGACUGAAGCCAGCCUCGACAACCACAGAGAGCAGAGCAGAGGGGACUGUAAGAAUGUCAGUCUGACGGAGACAUAGACUGUUGUCCUGUUUUAUUCUCAAUCUUCAAGACUUCCACCCCCUGGAUGGUGUGCAGGACACAGCUGCUUGUGGAGUAUGGGUACAACUGCCAGCGCAGCGCCACAACCCGUCUCUGUCUCAGGCUCCAUAUCCUCUGUAGCAGCGCCCCAGCAUCCUCCUCCGCGUGAGAGUCUCCAUGGCAACGGGGCGGUGAACAGCAGGCAGUCUCUCAGCAUGAGCUCUUCCCAGACGGUGAAGAUCCACAGCGGCAAGGCCAAGUCUAUCAUCACCAACAAGGUGGCGCCUGUCGUCAUCACAUAUAAUUGCAGACAGGAAUUUCAGAUCCACGAUGACCUCUUCAGAACAAACUACAAAGUGGGCCGGAUAUCAGACUCAAUGCCUGAACACUACUUGGUACAGGGUGAGUUCUUCAUGGUCCAGGACGUGUACAGCAAGGCUGACGUCCUCAACACUACAGGCAGCUACGGAGCGCCAAACUACCGCCAGGUGAAAGGAAGCUACCCGCUGUACGGCAUGGGCCAGCCCAGCCUGAAUGGCUUCAAACAGGUCCUCCAAAGACUACAGAGUCAAGGGCAUGAGGAGGUGAUGUUCUUCUGUGUGCGUGAGGAACCGGUGGUGUUCCUGCACCUGGAGGAGAACUUUGUUCCAUACACCCCGCGGAGGAAGGAGAACCUCCAUGAGAAUCUCCAUGGCCUGGACAAGGAGGAGACGGUGGAGACCCUGGAGCUCACCAUCAGGAAGGAGCUCCACGACUUUGCCAAGUUGAACGACAACGCGUUCUACGUGUAUAACGAUAUCGAGCACUUCAAGGGCGAGCCUCAGAGGAGGACCAUCACCUGUGAGGAGGACAUCCAGGUCACAGAGGAGGUCUACAGGAGACCUCUGUUCACCAUGCCUCUCUACAGGUACUACCGGCUGCCACUACCGAUGGAGGGAGCACCUCUAGAGGAGGAUUUUGAUGCCUUUGUUACUGUUCUCAGGGAGAGCCCCAACCUGUCUCUGAGAAGGGACGUUUCCAGGCCUCUGCCUGCCCUGUUGUUCAGCUGUCAGGUGGGGGUAGGGCGGACCAAUCUAGCCAUGAUCCUGGGGACCCUGGUCCUCAACCACCUGAAGACAACCCAGGAAUCACCACAAGCGGAAGAGGCAGAAGCCAAGCCCCUGUUCCAAGUCAUUCAGACCCUCAUCAACAGACUUCCUGAAGGCCAACAGGUCAUGGAAGAGGUUGACCAAGCGAUCGCUCUGUGUUCAGAAAUGCACAACAUGAAAGAAGCGAUGUAUGAAAAUAAGAAGAAGCUGGAAGCGAUCGGAGAUGAUUAUCACAUUCAGGGAAGCACAACCAAAGACUACUUUCUCCACAGAGCCAUCCAGAGCCUGGAACGUUAUUUCUACCUGAUUGUGUUCAACGCGUACCUUCAUGAACAGUAUUCUCUUGGCUUUGCGUCCAACUUCAGCCAGUGGCUGUGUGCUCACCCCUGGGUGUACCGCCUGCUGGCCUGUAUGGACCUAUCAGAACUCUCCGCUCCGCCUGAUCUCGUCACCAAGGGAGCCCGCGUUCUGGUUGCUCAUGAGUACCUGUCUCCAGACAUACUCAGCACAGUGAAGGAGAUGAAGGUGGCUAACUUCAGAAGAGUCCCCAAGAUGCCUGUCUACGGAAUGUCUCAGCCUACAUCAGAGGCGACGGGUGCGGUGUUGACCCACCUGACGGAUGAGAAGAGGAAGUACAGCCACGUCCUGUGGGUCAACCUGCAGGAGGAGCUGGUUCUGGAGGGGAAUGGACAGAUCUUCACCCCCAGAGAACCGUCCUGCAUGGGGCAACACAUCCCUGUCCCCGCCACAGACCCCACGCAGAUAGAGAAACUAGAGACGGCCCUGGGAGAGGAGGUUCAGAGAGCCCAGAAGUGGCUGGAGGUGACUCUGGAGCAGGAGAAACAGAUGAAGAUGUUUAAAAGCUGUCUGACGGUCCAGGAGGUGUUCAAGCAGUACCAGAGAACACACCAGGGACUGUUCUAUAAACGUAUCCCUCUGGCAGACUGCUGCGCUCCCAAGGAGGAGGACUUUGACCAGCUCUUGGAGGCCAUGAAGAGUACCUUGGCAGAGGACUCUCACUCAGCCUUCGUGUUCAACUGCUCCAACGGCAAGGGAAGGACCACCACGGCCAUGGUCAUAGCUGCUCUCACUGUCUGGCACUUCAAUGGCUUUCCUGAGUUUGGUGACGAUGAGAUUGUCAGUGUUCCUGAUGCCAAGUACACAAAGGGAGAAUUCAAGGUGGUGAUGCAGCUAGUCAGACUACUGCCGGACGGCCACCAGAUGAAGAGGGAGGUGGACAUGGCUCUGGACUCAGUUAGCGAGACCAUGACCCCCAUGCAUUACCACCUCAGAGAGAUAAUCAUCUGUACCUACAGACAGAUUAAAAGUGGUAAGAGUGAGAAGGAGGUGCUGCAGCUGCAUCUGAAGAGUGUCCAGUAUCUGGAGCGUUACAUGUACCUGAUCCUCUUCAACAGCUACCUGCAUCUGGAGAAGAAAAACUCCUGGCAACGAUCCUUCACCACCUGGAUGCAACAGGUGGCAGCCAGGGCCGGGGUGUACGACCUUCUCAACCAGCUGGGUUUCUCCGAGUUUGAGAACCUUCGGGACACGCCACUUGCCAGGCUCCGCUGCCGGUGGCAACGACAGAACAUCCAAUCACGUCCCUUCAGGGGGGCGUUGAUCUGAGCUGAGGAGAGAUCACUGUGAACCGCCAGACUAUGGCUGCUUCUGAAGUGGUACUCUAUUCCCUGUAUAGUUCACUACUUUUGACCAGGGCCCUCUGCACUCUAAAGGGACUAGGGUGCCAUUUUAUACAACCUAUGUCCUCCUGUGCUUUUUAUUUUAUUUUUAUAUAUACCUUUAAAAUUUAAUAAUGCUUUGUAUUUUGAAAUGUAAUAAUGCUUUGUAUUGUUACCCUCGUAUCACUCUGAUACUGUAUUAUUAUAAUACUGCUUUUUACAAACCCACUACCAAUGUUAAUUAGUAUUAGAAUGGAUGUUUCAGUACUGUCAGUCGGUAUUUCCUGGUUCUGAUGCUUCUGCUCUGACUGCCGCCGAGAUUCAAGCUGACAUUUUUACGUCUCAUUUGCUCUAUUGUUCCAUUGUUAAUAUAGGAGGAGAAUUCAUUCAUAUUUUGCCCCCUUGGUGAGAACUGCCUUACUAGUAUGGACCCUAUAGGUUUACUAGUAUGGACCCUAUAUGUUUACUAGUAUGGACCCUAUAGGUUUACUAGUAUGGACCCUAUAGGUUUACUAGUAUGGACCCUAUAGGUUUACUAGUAUGGACCCUAUAGGUUUACUAGUAUGGACCCUAUAGGUUUACUAGUAUGGACCCUAUAGGUUUACUAGUCUGGACCUUAUAGGUUUACUAGUAUGGAAUCUAUAGGUUUACUAGUAUGGACCCUAUAGGUUUACUAGUAUGGACCCUAUAGGUUUACUAGUAUGGACCCUAUAGGUUUACUAGUAUGGACCCUAUAGGUUUACUAGUAUGGACCCUAUAGGUUUACUAGAAUGGACCCUAUAGGUUUACUAGUCUGGACCCUAUAGGUUUACUAGUAUGGACCCUAUAGGUUUACUAGUAUGGACCCUAUAGGUUUACUAGUCUGGACCCUAUAGGUUUACUAGUAUGGACCCUAUAGGUUUACUAGUAUGGACCCUAUACGUUUACUAGUCUGGACCCUAUAGGUUUACUAGUAUGGACCCUAUAGGUUUUAUCAGAGGAGGUUUAUAUUCACCUGGCAGAACAAACAGCUUAGUCAUUAGGGGUUGAAAUGAAGGGUUAAAGUAGGGUUACGUUUAGGGUUAGAAACCAGGGUUAUGUUAAGGUUAGUUUGAGGUUAUGUUAAGGUUAGUUUGAGGUUAUGUUAAGGUUAGUUUGAGGUUAUGUUAAGGUUAGUUUGAGGUUAUGGUAAGGUUAUUUUGAUGUUAUGUUAAGGUUAGUUUGAGGUUAAGGUUAGUUUGAGGUUAUGUUAAGGUUAGUUUUGAGGUUAUGUUAAGGUUAGUUUGAGGUUAUGUUAAGGUUAGUUUGAGGUUAUGUUAAGGUUAGUUUGAGGUUAUGUUAAGGUUAGUUUGAGGUUAUGUUAAGGUUAGUUUGAGGUUAUGUUAAGGUUAAUUUGAGGUUACGGUAAGGGUUCGAGGUAGGGAAAGGCUUCAACUUUUGGGCUAGCGGAACUCCACCUCCGUAAAUAUUCUGCCAGUUAAAUAGACACCACCUUAAUCAGAAGACAGUAUUAGUGUUAGUCUGUAUUGGAACGUUUCUCCAGUUUAAAAUAUAGUUGAAACUACAGACUUUUAAAACAAACAGCUUAUUGGUUUAGAUGGAAUACAUUUCUGUUACUUUUAAUCGACAUACAGUAUCGGUUGUCUCCAAGUCCACUCCCAGGUAUUCGUUUGCCAAACUGCUGUAGAUGCUGCCAAAGCUAAGCUUCUGCUCUGUGUUUUACUGCUGUUUGCAUGUGUCUCAGUCCUCACUUCUUCACAGCGGUUUCUCCUCUCAUUAAAGGGCUAAUCUGCAUCAGGUUCAUCCAUCUUUUAGAUAUAUUUUUCCUUCAAUAAUGAUAUAUACCAAUUGAUCCUUGAAGAAUAUAACUUGUAAAUGGCUCGAGUUAAAUCCAACUGUCGUACCCCAUCAGAACCCCAAAAUAUACGCUUGUUUUACUCCAAGGUUUGUAAAAGAAUGUCAAUGUAAACCCUGUAUAGCCUCAAAACAUGGUUAAACUAUAAUGUUGAUAUCAUGGAUGGUCUGUCCUUGUAUCCAUGGCUCUAUGAAUUUGAGUGGUUACAUUGUUCCAGCCCCGUCCCUCUGCCUUUUACCAGAACAGUGGUGGCAUGGACGCUUUGUGUGCUCUCAGCUGUGAAUUCCCCCUUUUUAAAGGGUUAAUAUGGGAUUGAAACGACAACGAAGCAGUCUCUCUGUCACCUGUUUCGGUAAACAGCUGAGGGAUGGACCUGGAGAAAUGGAACCACACAGCAGUCUCUCUGUCACCUGUUUCGGUAAACAGCUGAGGGAUGGACCUGGAGAAAUGGAACCACACAGCAGUCUCUCUGUCACCUGUUUCGGUAAACAGCUGAGGGAUGGACCUGGAGAAAUGGAACCACACAGCAGUCUCUCUGUCACCUGUUUCGGUAAACAGCUGAGGGAUGGACCUGGAGAAAUGGAACCACACAGCAGUCUCUCUGUCACCUGUUUCGGUAAACAGCUGAGGGAUGGACCUGGAGAAAUGGAACCACACAGCAGUCUCUCUAUCACCUGUUUCGGUAAACAGCUGAGGGAUGGACCUGGAGAAAUGGAACCACACAGCAGUCUCUCUGUCACCUGUUUCGGUAAACAGCUGAGGGAUGGACCUGGAGAAAUGGAACCACACAGCAGUCUCUCUGUCACCUGUUUCGGUAAACAGCUGAGGGAUGGACCUGGAGAAAUGGAACCACACAGCAGUCUCUCUGUCACCUGUUUCGGUAAACAGCUGAGGGAUGGACCUGGAGAAAUGGAAUGUGUGUGACCAUAUGUGUACUGAUCCUGGAUUCUUCCUUUUGACUGAUAUCUCUGCAUGCUUGGAACAGCUGCUGAAGCCAUUGAUGCAACCGACUCAUUUGAGGUUUCCAACUUCAGUAAAAGGUGUGUGUGUGUCCCCCUCCUCUUAGGAUAUUGGAUGUGUCCCAAAUUUCACCCCAUUCCAAACAGUAGUGCACUACUCUUGACCUGGGACCAUUGUGCUCUGGUGAAAAGUAUUGCAGUAAGUAGUUGUCCCCCCCCACACGGUGUCCUCUUCUCUCCCGUCUCCUGCCGUCUUCUAUUCUCUGUUGUUAUGAACUGCAUUUUAAGGUGUUUUGCCAACAAACUAUUAUGAGUAUAUUUAGAAAAUCUAAGCGACCGUUCGUACUUCAAGUCAGCCUCUCCAAGAACGGAUACGUU